CAGUUACUAAAGAUAGUGAGGGAGACGUUACGUAUGCAUUGUAAACAGGAAGUAUUUUUGGAUAGUGGUGUCUGGAAUUUACGGGAGCGGUGUAGUUACAUUUUAUAGAGUUGCCAAGAGACUGAUCAUCAUCAUGGGCAAGAGUUGUAAAGUGGUGGUGUGUGGUCUGGCUGCGGUUGGCAAGACUGCUGUCCUGGAGCAACUGCUGUAUGCCAAUCAUAUUGCGGGCUCAGAGCCCAUGGAGACCCUGGAGGAUAUCUAUAUUGGCUCCAUAGAAACGGACCGUGGCACUCGAGAGCAAGUGACCAUAGUGGUGCUGGGCAACAAGCUGGACAUGCAGGAGCAGAGGAGAGUGGACUCGGAAGUGGCCCAGCACUGGGCCAAGACAGAAAAGGUGCGUCUGUGGGAGGUGUCUGUGGCAGACCGGAGGACCCUCAUCGAGCCUUUUGUCCACCUGGCCAGCAAGAUGACCCAGCCCCAGAGCAAAUCAUCCUUCCCCCUCAGCCGCAAUAAGAACAAGGGGAGUGGCUCUGUCGAUAGCUGAGGGAGCAGGGGGAUGGAUGCGGGAGGGAGUGAGGGUUGAUGAAGAAUGAGAAAGAUUUCAGGAGACAGGGAGUGAAAGAGUAGGAGAGGAGAAACACAGUAGGCUAAUUAUUAGCCUAUUACAAAUACAGGCAAUUUUAGGUCUGAAUGAAUGUACACUGACUGAAUCAGAAACCAAUGGUUUCUUGGAGAUUUUGACUCAUAUUUAGACUCAUAUUUUACCAUUUAGACUGAUCUUUGACGACAAGUAAAUGACAUCAAAAGUAACACAAAUUGAUAAUCAAGAGGGUUGUUUGUAUCAUGGAGGAUACAUAAGGGAUUCUAUUACUGUUAGUUAAUCAGGAGAUUUGUUACACUACUGGCAUGCCAUCUACUCAGAUGAAAUAUGGCAACUAUUUUAGCAUGGAUGAUCUGCAUUUUAUUUUAAGUUACAGCACAUGAAACAAAUCCAUAUUUUGAAGAAUUAAUAAAACAUUCCUCUAUUCUUUUAGAGAUGUCAGAAAACAUGUUACUGUCUUUUGAGAUCGCUUUGAGUUUUAAAAUGACGUUGUCUAAAGAUUUUAAUUGUUGUGACAGACUAGCGGUCUUAUGUGAUGUCUCUUGGUGAGUAGCGUGUUUGAUGAGCUUCCUGCCUGCUGGACAGGCCCUGAUGUGGCGACUGAGAGAAAGAGGCUUGCCCUGACUGUUAUAUCUAUGGAGCUCUUGACCACAGCCUAAGCAUGCUGAAUUAUCUGUACUUUAUCAGAAACUCCUUACUGUCCUUGAAAACCACGGGGCGUCCUUGAUCUUUGUUACUGAGCUGUUAAACACAAUGUUGGUCAGACGAAAUGCAAAUGUAUUUCAUUUUCAAAUUGUUUAUCUGACCGAAGCCCUUUAAUGCCAUAUCAGGGUCCAUAGUUAUAGUGCAACAUUUCAUGUGUGUGUCACUGAACAAGAAAGAUGCAUUGGCCUAGUUUGGAUGUCGUUUUUUGCUUUGUGAUUAUUCACAGAUCUUUAUAUUUGUAUUAUGUUUUGACGUUGUGAAUUUGCAUCUUUAUGUCUGUAUUAUUGAAGUGCAUAUUAUUUUCAUGAUAAAUAUUGGGGCAUUUAUACUGAUGCAAUAUAGAGCACAGUAUUAAUCUUUUAAAAUGUUCUGGAGACUGGAUAAUCAUUUGCAUGCCGUGUAAACAAAUUAAAAGAUUCCCUCUGCAUCUAAGUUGAGGCUGUUGUGUAUAUCUUUGAUUUGCACGAUUUAUGAAGUAAUUAAACAUAAUACAAACA